AUGGUGAGUUGGAAAAUCUGGACCGUCCGAAAUGAUAUUGUGUGGAAUGGAAAAACUUCUUCUGCUUUAGAAGUGGUGCGAUCAACUAGAACAACUCUUGACCAAUGGAUUAGUGCUCAAUCACAAAAAAUGGGAGCAUUGUUAUUAGAUGAUAUUAAUAAUGUUAGAGAGCACUCAAAGAAACCAAUGUUACAUAUGGUUAAGGUUAAUGUUGAUGGCGCUAUCUUUCAACCAGAGAACAAGUUUGGUUAUGGUUGUGUGGCCCGAGAUUCAAAUGGUCAUCUUAUUGAAGCUAUUUCGGGAAGCCGUUUUGGUUUGAUGCAACCUGAAGUAGCGGAGAUUAGGGCUUGUGACACUUAA